GAAAAAUCCUUCAGAGCAGAAGACCUUCAGGAUGGAGUACAACCUAGAGGACGUACCUCCUGCGUACGGACUGGAGCAGAAUUCAACCUCAAGCAACCCUUUCCAUGCAGCUCCGUCAGACCGUGGCCUCGAAGGCGAGACUUCUGGAGCGAGACGAGGCCCGUACAUGCCGCCUGCCGGGCCAUCCGAGUCAUACACGGACAUGGCGCGCCCUGGAUACGGAUACGAUAAGCAGCCAUCGUACUACGAAGAUCAAGGGGGAUCAGGUUCCAGGGGCGUAUCUCCUUUACCUCCGUCACCGUAUACGACAGCGCUGGGCCCAUCGUACGCACACGGCCAGUCGCCGUACGACGCAUCUGGCCCAUCUCGCGGGUAUCCCUCUUCACCCGCGUCGGGCUUUGGCUUGGGAGGAUCUGGUGGUGGGCGUAUGGGCAUGCUAGGUGGAAGUAGACUUGGUGGCCGCAUGAAUAGAUUCGGCAGCGGAGGCAUGGGUACAAGCAUGGGUGAUAGCAUGGGAGCGGGCAUGGGCGGAGGCUCAGGCGGGGGCAUGGGCAGACUUGGCGGCCGGCGCACGGGUAAGGGCAGAGUCGGAAUCAUCGGUAUGCUCGUGAACGCCGCCACCAACGACAGCUCGCGCGACAUGGCACAGUACCCGCCGCCUCCGUCCUUCUCGCGCUCGCCGCAGCCGCAGUUCCCGUACUCCCCCUUUCCACCACUCGUCGCGGUCAGCGUCGACAAGUCCCUCGACCACGGCUUCCCACUCGUCCCGCCGCCGAGCCACCUCCAGCCGCACCCAUUCAUGGCGCACGAUAUCAACGAAGACGAUUGGACGUCCUUCCUCAGUCAUAUCCGCCAAAUCGGUGCCGUAUCACCUUCUGGCUCGCCUGGGCAGGCUAAUACUGGUAUUCUUGGCACGCUCGUCUCCAAGGGCAUCGAUACUGCUUUCAAGGGCGACAAAAGCGGAACGGUAGCCCAGGUCAUUGAGCAGUGGAACACAUACUUCUUCCACCCUCGCUUGACGGAAAUCAACCUCGUUCAUGGACACCGUGUCUACACCAACUCUGGCCAGCUGCCGCCUGACAUUCGCAGCGAGGGCUAUUCACGCUCGAGAGAUGAAGACUCCAGCGAUGAUUCUGAUUCAAGCUCAGAGGACGACAAUCGCGGUGGUUCUUGGAUGAGCGACAGGAGAGAACAGAAGUCGGCAAAGAAGCAGGCUAAGAGGGACAGGAAAGACGAGAAGCGGGCAACGAAGAGGGACCGUCGGGAUAACAAGAGAAACGGUCGGGACACUAAAGAUGAACCGUGGAAGCUGGUCGUUGCCUAUAGGCCGCUCGCUGCGAUGUGAUUCUUGCCUGCUCUUCAAUUUCAUAGGGAUAUGUAUAUAUCUAUGUACACAGCAAACUAGUGCCAAUGCAUCAGGCGGUCU